AUGGCGAGCAAUCUGGGCCGUCUAUUCACAUCAGCAAUCGAGCUUUCCAAGCCUCCAAAGUUAUCUCUAUCCUUCGGCAGAUCCGAACCCUCGACCUCAGCGAUUCGACUUAUUUGGUCUUUCGACGCAGCGAAAACAAUCUCAUCAAGAAAACCCCAAGGAACCAGAAGUGAUGGCGUUCAAGUGAAUAAAGAGACCGGUGAGAUCGGAGGUCCCGAACCUACUCGCUUCGGCGAUUGGGAACGAAACGGUGGGUGCUCUGAUUUCUGA